UCAGGGGCUUCGGGAGCGGGAGCGGGAGCGGGAGCGUCGGCGAGAGCGACGAAGCCGCGGACGAUGCCGAGGACGAGGGCCGCCCGGUGAGGCCGCGGCGGAGCCUCGGGGACAAGAAGCUGCUGAGGAUCUCGGAGCUGGAAGAGACGGUGGACAGGCUUAAGAAAUCGGUGAUGUCACUGGAAGGGGCGAACGUGAAGGUGCAGCUCCAGCGCGGUGACGGGGGGCAGCAGCAUUCCACGUCUGAGAAUCAUGCGGACGAACUCCGAUUGGGCCGUGUGUUUGAAGGGCGAGGGUUGCGGCCGCUGAGCAUGAGCAAGAGGGGCGACGUUACACAGGAGAGGGCCGACGACAGCGGCAUUGUUGCAGGCGACACGCUCGUGACGAGCCUUGUGGAGCAGGUCAAGGAAUUGAGGAGGGAGAGGGAGGAGUUGCUGUACAUGGUGAAGAAGCGCGUCGACGAGGUGGAAAGGACGAAGGAAGACGAGCUGAGCCUGAUGAGGUGCGAGCUUUUGCGGAACAAAAGCGACGUGGAACGGCUCGAGGACUCCCGCAAUUACCUCGCGCAAAAGUUGACUUCACUGGACACGGAGAAUAAGGCUCUGGGCCACGUGGUGGUGGAGAAGGACCAGAUCCUGCAAGCCAUGCAGGGCGAGCACGCGGAGUUGCUGAGGAAGACUCUGAGACUGGAGCAGGACUUGCGGAGCGUCAGGGUCCAUUUAGCGAAGACGGAAAAGCUGAACAGGGCCUACCUCGAGGAGCUCAAGGCAUUGCUUCACAGGUUUGAGGACCUUCGUGCGCACGCCAAGGCGCUGGAGAGCGAGAGGAGGCAGAACAUGCAGGACCGCCAGACCUUUUUGGACCUCCUUGAGGGCCUGAGGAGCGAGACACGGCGCCUGGAGAUGAGCUUCAGCGUGAAGAAGGCCGAGAAGGAGCUGGCGCAGCAGGAGGUGGAUCUGUUGAAGAAGGACGUGAAGAUUCUGACCGAAGAGAGGGCACGGUCGUUUGAGGAUAAGCGCAAACUGGAGAGUUCGGCAAUGCGGCUGAGGGAGGAGCUGAAGGGCGUGCGAAUUCGGCUUCAGCGAGGCGAGGCGGGCAGGAGCACGCCUCCGAGUGAAAUGCAAGUGGCCGAGGAGAACGUCCGAUUGGAAAGCGAAAAGCAGUUCAUGGAAGAGCUGGUGUCCAAGCAGAGAAGAGAGCUGGAAAGCUUGCAGGCUGACCUCGAGCGUUCAAAAGCCAUCCGGCAAAUCUCGGACGACAGCUACGCGAGCGACUGGAAGGAGGAGAUGCACGACUUGGCGAGGGACAAGAGCAGGUUGGAGACGAUCGUCGCGCAGCAGCGCGCCGAGCUCGAGGCCUUGAAACCGUCGUCACGGCUGUCAAAUCCGAACGGGAGCGGUGACGCAGAGGCGGAGUGGAGGAGCGAGAGAGCGGCGCUCGUCGAAAGGAACCGGGCCCUGGAGGCGGCGCUGAGGGUCCACGAGUCGCGGCGGGGGGCGGCCCUGGAGGACCCGGACGAGAGCGAGGAUGGCUCGUCUCGCUCCCGCGCGGACCGGCUCUCGUCGGCAGGCUCCGGAGUGCAGCGCCUGCGCGAUAGCGAGCGGGCGCACGCGGCCCUGGAGGCCGGAGUGCGGCGCUGGGCCGAGGAGCGGGGGCUUCUCACCGAGUGCCUGCACACGGUUGAGAAAGAGCGCGACCUUCUGCAGCUCGAGAUGAAGACACUGCACAGGGACUACCUCAGCCUGAGCGAGCGCGUGGGCCAGCGCUUGGCCGAGCUGAGCCGGCGCCCGGACCCGCCGUCGCUGCCGCUGUCCGUCGCCGAGCUCCUCUCGGACGUGGAGUACGCGGCGCGCGUCGGUUCGCACGGCCUGGGCAGCGGCGCGCGCGCCACGGCCAGCGAGGACGACAGCGAGCGAAGCCACUUGGAGGAGCAGUGUGCUCGGCUGAGACGUUUGGCCGACGCGACUCAUCGCUGCCACAGCUCGUCCAGCGAACUGGGCGCGUCGGACGACGGGCACGCGUCCAUCCGCAGCGCUCCCGUCGCCCGCUUGCGCUCUGGCUCCCCGUCCCGCCCGCUUUCUGCGCCGUCAUCGUGGCAGGCUUCCCGCCCCGACGUCGGUCCGCUCUCCGCUCGGCGCUCUCCGUCCGCCAACAAGUCCUCCGUCCCCGGGCUCGGCUUCCGCGUCCGACCCGUUGUCCGAGCAGCUGCCUUACCCGGUGUCCGGCUCCCUGGCCACUCCGUCGGCCUGCCUGCGCCACGACCGUCUGUCCCACUCCCCGCCGCCGCCGCCAUCGGGAGAGAGGCCAGCGCCGCAAGUGAGCGGCUCGCGCAAGCGGUGGCGGAAGAGGGAGGAGAGUGGCACGCGGCCGCCCCGGGACGACGACUGGCUGUCGCUGGUGACCUCGGUGGAGCGAGCGCCCUCUGGCCUCUCGGAUGACGAGCAGCAGGGAGACGCUCGGGGGAAUGCGACGACGUACGGGCAGCCCGGCUCGCUUGCUCUUCAGGAAGUGCUGAACAGCUGCGGCGAGCGAUUGGCUGAAGAUAAGGAUGUGGAUCCGCACAACUCAGGGCAGCCCAACAGCAUCAUGGUAGAAGGAGAAGAUAUGCCGGGUAG